AUGGUUUCCUCAACGGCCAACAAUCUCGAGCGCGAGGACCACGCCCGCGAUGCCGAAUUCAACAAGGCCUUGCAUGGUAACAGUGCCAAGGCCACCGGUGGUCUUGCCGCCAUGUUCAGCAAAGGCCGCGAUGCUAAGCAGGCCGCUGUCGAUGAGUACUUCAAGCACUGGGAUAACAAGGCUGCCAAGGACGAGACUCCCGAGGAGCGCGCAGCUCGAACUGCCGAAUACGCGACCUUGACCAGACACUACUACAAUCUUGCUACCGACCUGUACGAGUAUGGCUGGGGCCAGUCCUUCCACUUCUGCCGCUUCUCUCAUGGCGAGCCCUUUUACCAGGCCAUUGCCCGCCAUGAGCACUACCUCGCCCACCAGAUUGGCAUCAAAGAGGGUAUGAAGGUUCUCGAUGUCGGAUGUGGUGUUGGUGGACCCGCGCGCGAAAUUGCCAAGUUCACUGGUUGCCACGUUACUGGCCUGAACAACAACGAUUACCAGAUUGAUCGAGCGACCCACUACGCUGCGAAGGAAGGUCUAUCCAGCCAACUCGAGUUCGUUAAGGGGGACUUCAUGCAAAUGUCUUUCCCCGAUAACUCUUUUGAUGCCGUCUACGCUAUUGAGGCCACCGUACACGCGCCUAGUCUCGAGGGCAUCUACAGCGAGAUCUUCCGCGUGUUGAAGCCUGGCGGUGUCUUUGGCGUCUACGAGUGGUUGAUGACGGAUAAAUACGACAACGACAACCUGGCCCACCGCGAAAUUCGCCUGGGAAUUGAGCAGGGCGACGGUAUUUCCAACAUGUGCAAAGUCUCAGAAGGCCUUGCCGCCAUGAAGGCUGCUGGCUUUGAGAUGCUUCACCACGAGGAUCUUGCCGACAGGCCUGACCCUAUGCCAUGGUACUGGCCUCUGUCAGGCGACCUAAAGUACAUCCAGUCUGUGUUCGAUGUAUUUACCAUUGUGCGAAUGACCAAGCUGGGGCGCUUCUUGAUGCACAACCUGGUUGGUGGUCUUGAGGCCAUCAAGCUUGCUCCUGCUGGCACCAAAAAGACGGCCGAUAGCUUGGCAUGGGCUGGCGACUGUCUCGUUGCUGGUGGCAAGGAGCACUUGUUCACGCCCAUGUACCUGAUGGUUGGAAAGAAGCCCGCCAAUUAG